GCAAAUAUCGCGCGCCCGGAUCCGGCGAUUCAGUACUGCGAUAGAAUCCGUUUGUGUCUGGCCAGAUAGGCAAGAGAGUAGCAGCAGCUGCAGUAUAGCACGAGAAGGUGGUCAGUUGGUUUUUCAGUACGAGCCAGCAGCUAAGAGGAAGAAGAUCGUGCGUUAGUUUAUCUAUCUAGAGGAGACCGCGCGCGCGUUUGAUCCGAGACGUGAUUCCAGGAAAUUCCAUUUUCUUCCCAGGAGCUGUGAAGUGAUUGUGGAGUGACGACCGACCCCCUGUUGAGUAGGGAUCGUACCUGUUACCUGAUAACACGCGAACGACACAUAAACCUUAGCCAAGAUGUUUAAGAAUCACCUAGCGAUGAUUGGCAUGAACGAAACGCCAAACAAGAAAGCAAAAUUCUGGCAAUCAUACAUCAGAUCACUCAAAGGAUCCGAUGAUAUCCGCGCACACGAUGGACCAACCUGGCGGAACCGACCGAUCCUGCUGCUGAACGAACUGGACACACCGGCCGGCCGGGUUCAGUCUCCGGGAUACCACUACUCGCCAGUGCACCGGGAGACGUACGGAUACUCGCCCCGCCCAAUCUAUGACCACCAGUAUCCACGCCACCGCCGGGCAGCUAGCGUAGGCAGAUUGGCCGAUGCCGAGAGGGCCUGGGCCGACCACCUCGAACGGAUGAGAGAUAUCGAUCGCAGCGUUUAUGACGUACUGAAGAAACUUCUCGAACGAUACCCAUCGCGUUACGGACUGUACCUGCGGGACAAACCGAGCCAGGUUGUGCUGCCACAGGAGCUGGAGUACGAACCGGACACAAAGCCACUCUACUCCCUGCAUUAGGACACUCCUCCCGCAAACCGGUACACAAUUCAAUGACCCCCCAAAAGUAGAAACAAUAGCCAACCACUUAUACUAUGUGAAAGAAAAUUGAAAACUUACGAUAAUUGCAACAUAUGUAACACCAAAAAAAAAAAACAGAACAGAAACUCUCCUGGUAGAGGACGAAACGUUUUUAUUAUUUCAUAAUUUAUAUAUUUAUUAGGUUAAAAGAGAAAAAAGUGUAACAUAUUUCUAUAAAGGUGAAAUCAAAGGAAGGAGAACAUUUUCUUUUAACCCUUUCAUUAGUUGUUCAGAAAAAAACGAACACAAAUGCACAUACACAGAAAAAAAAAGUCGAAAACAGUAUCAGCAGCAGGGUAUUAUGAAGGAAAAAUCUGUUGAUCGAAAAAAAAAAAUUACCAGUCAAAAAAAAAUAUGUGAACCGACAACCAUUCGACGUACUCCAACACAAUGUAUUAUUUCAUCCCCAACUCUUCAAAAAAAAUCUCAUGAAAACGAUUCUAACGAAAUCAGUCGUCGCGAUUUGAAAUACCCAUCUCCAUACAUGCAUCUAUACCAACACCGUGCGGAUGGGGAUGUCACUAUUUCAAUAUAAUCUGGAAAAAGCCGACCGAGGAAUCCCGGGCCUCCUCUACAGCGUUUCCAAUUGAAAAAGCGAGAAUACCGACCGAUGGAAAACCGCAAUUAUGCUCGAGAGAAGCAAUGCCAAUAACAUACAAAAAAAUAAAUGAAAAAGUCCUGCAGGCAUGUCAUAUAAUUUCAUUUCCCGCAAAACGACAGAUUGACGGACGGUGGGACGGACGGAUGUCGUCAGCGCACCCACCCAAACCCAUCGCUUGUUGUUCUCGCCUCAGAUGACUAAAAUUUUUCUCCUUGGUGUUUUUUUUUCCUACAGUCGUUUUCAUUUAAUUUUGAAAAAUAAGCGGCCGCGAUAAUUGCACGCCGUGAAUUUUCCACGUGGCUUGCAAAUGAUUCGAUUACGAUAUCGGGCAGGUACGCGUGUACACACAUACAGACACACAUACAAACAGACACAAAUGAAAAUCGAAGAGGAUGACAUGUGAACCUCUCUAAAAGGCAGCCCAAAGCUAAACAAAGGAAUAAACAAAAGAGAAGUGCUCUUAUUUCGAGUGUUGAAAUGCUGGAUA